UUACAGCUCAGUUAUAUUGUAUAGUCAGUAUAACGUGGACUAAGAUGGCUACUAAAAAUACCUGUUCUAUUUGUUUAAAUAACUUUACCAAACCCAAACUACUGCCAAGUUGUCAUCACACUUUCUGUGAACAAUGUAUAGAUGGAUACAUCAAGGUUCGGGCUCGCAGGAACAAGUUUAACUGUCCUGUUUGUCGACAACAAACCGACGUACCAUCAGGCGGUGCCAGUCAGUUUGUUACCAACUUUUAUCUAGAAGACGACGAUGAUGAUAAACAGUAUUGUACAAAACACAAGAAGCAAGAAAUCGAAGUUUAUUGUCGAGAUUGCCGUAAACCAUGUUGUUCUGUUUGUGUUAUGGUGGGUCAUAAAGACCACACAUUGGCGGAUUUAGAUCAAGUAGACCAGGAAAUGAGAGAAAUUUUCAUGAAACUGAAAACGGAAUCAGAAAAGAAGAUAAAACAGUUACAGAACCAUUCUAACUUUUUAAAGACCAAAAUAUCUGACAUGAAACGUUCAUGUAAGACAGCUUGUGAUAAAGUUCAGAAACAAAUAGACAAUAUUUGUAAAAAAGCCAGGCAGAUUGGAAGAACAAUUAAAGAUGACAUCAAUAAAAUUGGUGAAGAUGAAAACAGUAAACUCACCAAACUAAUAGAAGAUGUUGACAAGCUGGCAUCCAACAUGAGAAAAUGGUGUGAAUAUUCUGAUCGUACAUUACAACAAAGAUCUAUAAUUACAGCUGUAGAUAAACAUAGAAUAGCAGAACUCCAGGCAACGACAGAUUACAACAUAUCAACAAAUUUACGUCAACCCGUUGUCAGACAUCCAUAUUAUUCUAUGGUGGAGGUUGAUGUAGACUGUUUAAAACGACUAUUAGGUGAAGUACAAACACCAACAACAUUUACCAGUAGGUUUAGUUUGAACCAGAUAGUGACGGUAGGUGUGAAGUACGAUAGUGUUGUUGUAAUAAUACAAGGAUUACCAUGGUGUGUAUGUGUUAGUCAUAUAGCAUCAAGAUUAUAUAUUUACCUGUUAUUGAAGAAAGUAGAUAAAACUAUUGAAACUGUUACAUUUAGUUCUACAGUUAAACUGUUAAAUAUCAAUGAUGAGAGUAAAUCGCUAGUUGUACAAAGUACAGAUACAUGUAUACCAGGUGGUUAUACUUGUCAACCUGGUGAUGUAUACAAUCGUGUAUAUAUAGACUGGGAUGUAAUUCAGGAUGUGAAGUAUGGUUUUAUUCGUGAUAACAAGAUAAUUACUGUGCAGGCUACUGUAAAUAUAAGUGAUAUAAAAUUGCGCUGAAGAUGAAAGAAGUCGUCAUAGGAUAAACGACAGGAUGUUAAAGAACGGAAUCAAUUUACUGAUAUAUACGUUGGUUGUUUGAGAUGUCUAUAUAUUGUGUCAUGUCCCUAGGUCUAUCUUGUGUAAUUGUUUGUGUGUGGCCAACCUGGUACAUACUAAGAACAACUAACAAUAUGUGAGCAAAAUAAUUUCUACAAGUGUAAACUUAAAAGUUUUUCAAGAUAAUUUUGGUAAAACCGAUUUCUUACGCCUUAUAAAAUUGUGUUUGCAAAUGGACGGAAUUUUUUAUGUGAUAUGGUGAGGUUUGAGAUCCAGUAUUAUUUGGGGCCAAAAAAUGUGACGAUGGCUAAUGGGGGGGGGGGGCACUGCAAAUAGCUAUACGUGUCGUGUACAAGGCAAGAUACACUUAGUCUUUCUAUAACAUUUUAUACCACUUUCCAUGAAGUUAAAUAUGCCUUAUACAAGUACCAAUUCUGUCUGUUGCAGGUCUUUUAUUGGCUUCAGACGUUAUAUACGGUAAUCAUGCCUGUUGCAGGUCUUCUGUUGGCUUCAAAGGUUAUAUACGGUAAUUAGGAAUUCAUGAAAAAGGCAAGUCCGUAAUGGAUGGCUAAGAACAACCGUGCCAUUUAAGAAUUAAACUUUUAAGUUCAUAUGGAUAAUCAAGACUUUGUUUAUUAUUCUAGCAAUGGUACUUGAAAUGGGGUUUAACGUCCUACUGUUCUGCUCCUAUACUGGGCUAAUGAAGACGAGCAUAUGC